UGUCCAGUAGGAAAAUAUGGCAACAGUAACUGUGAUAGCAAUUGUGAUACAACCUGUGUUAAUAGCCUGUGUCAUUCUAACAGCGGCCAGUGUACAUACUGUGCGCCAGGAUUUUAUAAGUCCGGUAUUGUGUGUACAGCAUGUCCGACAAACUGUUUAAAUGACAUGUGUAAUGUGGAGUCCGGUGUUUGCUUAUCUUGCGCCAAUGGGUACCAUGGCAGCCAGUGUGACCAAUCAUGUUCUAAUAACUGUCAAGACAAACUGUGUGACCAAUAUAGCAGUGUGUGUAUAGGCUGUGAAGACCGUUAUUCCGGUCCUCUUUGUGUCGCCUGCUCCCCGAACUGUGUCGAUCCGGUCUGCGACAAAUCGUCUGGAAACUGCAUUCAAUGCCUAGCCGGAUAUCACGGUAGUACCUGUACUCAGACGUGUCCUACCAAUUGUAAAGACAACAUUUGUAUCCAAGAUAACAGGUUUUGUAUAGGAUGUGAACAAGAAUUUCACGGAAGCACGUGCCAACAAAGAUGUCCCAUCGCAUGUAAAGACAACACGUGUAGUCAGUUCAGUGGACAAUGUGAAG